AUUUAUAGUGUUAGACCACUUGAGAAUUAGGACCACCGCCGCCCCGCCGUGAGUCUUGACGCCGCCACUCUCCGCCGAGGUCGCUGCCAUCGCUGCGUGCCUCACGGUGCCUGCUCCAUCGAGUUAAUUAGCGAGUCAUCUCUUGAAUCCAUCGCUGUAUGUAUAUAGUGUUUACGGGAGAUUUCCCUCUUUUUCCAGAAGUAAACUGGAUUUCAUUUUCUGGGCAAGGAAACAGUAGCUCUGAUUGUAAUGGAGAAAGGCAACGCCCGUUGCAUUUACGACGCCGUGUCAUCUAAUGCUGCAAUCCUUUAUUUUGUUGGUGCCGUGACGAUCGUUAUAAUUCGGGUUGUUUUUGUUAUGUAUCGGAGCAGCAAGCCGCCCCGACCCAAAUCACCGCGACCCCUCUGCACACUCAUUGUAUUGGGUUCAGGUGGUCACACGGCAGAAAUGAUGAACUUGUUGUCUGUACUUCAAGAAGAUAGGUUUAAGCCUAGGUUUUACAUUGCUGCUGCAACUGAUAAUAUGAGUCUCCAAAAGGCACGAGUAUUCGAGGACUCUUUAGUUCACAAGGCAGGGUCUGAGGCGGUUGGAACAGCUCAGUUCAUGCAGAUAUAUCGAAGCCGAGAGGUUGGUCAAUCAUACGUAACCUCAGUUGCUACAACCUUAAUUGCUAUCGCUCACGGAUUGUGGUUAAUGAUCAAAAUCAGACCUGAAGUGAUUCUCUGUAAUGGCCCUGGAACUUGUAUACCCAUAUGUGCAAUUGCAUUUUUCUUUAAGGUACUUGGAAUCAGGUGGUCAUCUAUAUUUUAUGUUGAGAGCAUUGCCAGAGUGAAAAGGCUUUCUUUGAGCGGUUUGCUCCUUUAUAAAUUACACAUGGCUGAUCAAUUAUUUGUUCAAUGGCCACAAUUAAAAAGCAAAUAUCCUCGAGCUCAUUAUGUGGGUCGUCUUAUGUGAUUAUGCUCUAUGGUGAUGGUGAGUUUGCAAAACUUGGAUGUUGAUCUUAUUUCUCAUUCUCUUAGCUCUUUUAGGAAUUUCGGGUUGACAUUAAAGGUUAUUUGUUUCAGAAAAGGUUGUCAGAGGCAUGGUUGUUACCGGAAAAGUUGACCACAUGCAUCUUCAUAGUACUAUAUUCAAAGAGAAAACAAAUACUAAUGCAUCAUUUUUUUGUGAGGUUACAUUCUUUUUUUGUUGGUAACUACAUUUACAUGUAUUAUACAAAUGGCUUUGGGUAUGAA